CCAUGACGUCACAGACCACGCCCCCGCAGACGACAGCCACCGAAGUUUUCGGAUGCAAACAGAACGGCGACGCGGAGGACUCUCGCUAAAAGCAGCGGGCCGAUCGAUGCUCACAGGCACACUGAGGCCUCGCUGACUCUCCCAGAGGGAGCCCGCGAAACAGGCUCAGGAAGGACUCCCACCCAGGCACCCAGGACAGGGACAGGUUGCCCUUCCCUGCAGGGGCUUAUGUCAGCGGCACGAGAAAUAGCAAUUGCGGCUCUCAGGAAUGUUGGCGGUGCAGACAGGUGCAACGUGGGAGCUGGAAGUGAGCUGCAAUCCACGUGGACUGCCUCCUGAGAAGAAGCAACUUAGUUGGGCCUUCCGAGCUCCCCCUUAGUCCACGGGCUUCACCCACACAGCGACCACCCUCCAGAGCCACUCUAGGGACAACGUGAAGAAGCAGAAGGGCCUGGAGAAGCAUGGACGAGUCACCCGAAGCAAAGCUUUGUCAGUUAGAGAGCCACCUGCAUCUACAUACGAACCGGGUCUUCUGGAAAAGGAGUAGGAGCCUAAGAGAAUAAAGGGAAUCGGACGGCGAGAGGAAAUAGAAAGUGGGACUGAGUCAUGACUCACAUCCACCUCUCCUUCUCGGCCUGCGGGUUUCUGGGUAUUUACCAUUUGGGGGCAGCGACUGCUCUGCGCACGCGCGGGCGGGGCCUGCUGCGUGACGUCACAGGCUUCGCGGGCGCCUCGGCGGGGGCGCUGGUUGCCAGCGUGCUGUUGACUGCACCGGAGAGGAUCGAGGCGUGUACCAGGUUCGCGUUUGCCUUCGCUCAGGAGACGAGGAUGCAGGCGCUGGGGCCGGUGACGCCCGGAUACGAUUUCAUGGGCCGGCUGAGGAGCGGCAUCGACUCCAUCCUUCCCCAGCACGCGCAUGAGCUGGCCCGGGGACGGCUGCACGUGUCGCUCACUGGCGUGGCGGACUGGCAGAACCGCCUGGUGUCCAGCUUCGCCUCCAGGGACGACCUCAUCACAGUUCUCCUGGCGAGCUGCUUCGUACCUGUCUACGCGGGACUGAAGCCCGUGGAGUACGAGGGGCAGCGCUGGAUGGACGGUGGCCUGACCGACAGCCUGCCUGUGCUGCCCACAGGACGCACCGUCACCUUCUCACCCUUCAGCGGACGGGUGGAUGUGUCCCCGCAGGACUCGAGGUGGCCUGGUGUGUACGUGAGCGUUGCCAAGCAGGACGCCAUGGUCUCCGUGGCCAACGUGGUGCGUGUGUGGCAGGCACUCUUCCCUCCCGGCCGGCAGACGAUGGAGGCGAUCUACUGUAGGGGGAUGAUCGACACUGCACGUUUCCUGAGGAGGGAGCGCUGGUCUCAAUAAACGCAGGCGUGCGUAGCCCAGUCUG